AACAACGCAUCAACAAAUUCUGUGAUCCUUCCGUACCUCAAUGGCUCCUAAGGCAGAGAAGAAGGCGGCGGAGAAGAAGCCGCCGGCGGAAGAGAAGAAGCCGGCGGUGGAGGAGAAGAAGCUCGCCGAGAAGAAGCCGAAGGCGGAGAAACGGCUCCCGACCAAGGAUUCCGGCGACAAGAAAAGGAAGAAGAAGGCCAAGAGGAGCUCCGAGACCUACAAGAUCUACAUCUUCAAGGUUCUCAAGCAGGUGCAUCCUGACAUCGGGAUCUCAAGCAAGGCGAUGAGUAUUAUGAAUUCCUUCAUUAAUGACAUUUUUGAGAAGCUCGCUCAGGAGAGCUCUCGCCUCGGCCGCUACAACAAGAAGUCGACUAUCACUUCUCGCGAGAUCCAGACUUCUGUGCGCCUUGUUCUUCCCGGCGAGCUGGCCAAGCACGCGGUGUCUGAAGGUACCAAAGCUGUUACCAAGUUUACCAGCUCUUGAAUGUAUGGUGUAGAUUGUUGUUUGUAAGACUGACUGAUCAUUUUAUGUAUUUGGGAAUGGAAUGCGUAUGAUAUGUGGGCUUGACUGUGGAAAUGACGUUAAUUUUGAAUUCUUCUUCUUUCUGGAUGAA